AUGCAGCCCAGUUGUGUACCCUACAGCAAGUAUCACUACAAGCAUCUACAAGCAAAUCACGCAAUUUCGGCAAAUUUUCAGGCGUCACAGAUCGUCAAGACCAGAUCUUUCCGCGGAGCGUCGACGGCCAAGUGGGGUAGCUGUGGUGAGUUCACCUGUGCCGAGACCUACGUGAGUUCGCGACCUUGCCAGUGCAACAGCCUUUGCAAAGACUACCAGAACUGCUGCUCGGACUACCAGGCAGUCUGUGUCUCUCCGCCGGCACCUGCUAUUCAAGAUCCGGCUCCCUCACCGCCACCGGCAUCGGCGACGCCAGCUCUGCCAGACACGAGUGGGCAGCCCAUCCCCGUUGCAGCUGCACCAGCGGAAGCGACACCACCGGCUCCAGCGAACGUUUAUUCCGUGAAUGUGACAGCCCUGCCCUGGACAUGGAAGGAUGGAUCUCUGAAUUCUCCCAGUUCCUCGCCUCUGUUCACUUUCUACAUGUACCGGGCAGUGUCAGAUGAAGUGUACCCGCCGUUGAACACCAAUGUCGCCAGCCUGCCAGGCGUCCUGUGGUAUCUCCACCAUGAGGUCGUCAUUCAAGCACCUCGCAAGUUCCAAAUCUCGCGCAUUCUGCGCUACAAGGUGCAGAUGCGUGCAACUGCACCGCUUCUUCGGCUUGGAAUGCACUUCGGAGUGCGUUUGGCCUAUGACAAGGGGCAGGCCACAGGCCCUUUUGUUUGUGGUCGCACGAAUAUCACGAACAAGGACGGAACAACAGAAGGUUACAUUCCAAAGUUCUGUGGUGAUGGGGCAGCAUUCAAGGAUCAGUAUCUCGCGGAUCUCAAGCCGUACAAGAACGAGUACGAAUAUGCCGCCUAUGGAUACAACGUUGGCUGCAACAAUCUGGGUGAGUAUCCCUUCCCCAUGCACCAGGUGUACUACCCCAACGCGAUCUGGUACACCAUGCCAGGUGCUUGUCCGAACGAUCUGUACUACAACAAGGACAACUCCUGUCAGGCUAGCCAGCCAGGAGGCUAUUGCCCAGGCGUCGAGCCGAAUGGCAAUGGCACUUGUACGUGGAACUACGAGGAAGCCGGUGAGAUCAGCCUCGAUGAGCUAGUGGGCAUCAAGGACUAUGCCUCUUGGAGGCACGGCCACAGGGAGUAUGAUCCGGAAGCCGAUGAAGGCAUCAAGUUCAGUUGGUGGAACGGAAUUAACAGUACCGCUGCCAACGAGGAGCGCGUCCGACAGGCUGCCGAGCUGUUUGACAGAAGGUAUCCACACUUGCCGACAGUUGCCGAGCUUGCCAAUCCCCCAUGCGACUUUGAUUUCGGGUCCUUCUACAAGGAGUGGUACCGCAAGGACGGCUACGUUGGACCGUGCGGACCUCCCAACGCAAACUGCAAAGGUGGCAUUGGCUGGAUUCGCCAUGAAGGCCUUUUGCAGCAUCCGAAGUGGUACGUCCCCCUCACCGCUUCGGCCAGCGAUGAUGAAAUCCAGCGCCUGCUGUACCAGCUAGGCUUUCCGUCGCGAUCCUGGGCCCGGGAGGUCGGCUGGGCACCUCAGCCCACGGCCGUUCAGGCCGUACGCUUCUUCGGCGUCAAGGCACGGCACCGAGGCUGCGUCUACGUCCCGCGGAAGGUGGCACGCAACACCCUUGGCAAGGCGAGACGGAACCAUUCAGACGAGACGCUGUUGUUGCCACCGUUUGUGUCUGCAACGGAGCUGCGCAUCCUCUUCAGGUUGGACUAUUCCAACACAAUGCGCAUGCUGGGAGUUCGUUCGAUGGACAAGAAAUAUUACUGGAAGGACUUGGAGGGCCGUGAGUUCGAGUCAACCUCCAAGCGUAAGGUCUUGGUUCCGUUUGACAUGGCGGCCACUCCUUUGCGGGCUUUUGGAUACUUGCCCAAACUUGUGGACGUGGAGCCGGACUGGGAUGGCACGAGUGGGACCGCAAAGGCGGUGCCUGUGGUAGCUGUGUUGGGACACAUCAAUCACGGCAAGACCACGCUUCUUGACGCUAUCUGUGGCACGAAUGUGGCCGAGAACGAGCCGGGCAGAAUAACACAGGAUGUGAGGGCAAUGACUGGCUUCGUGGAGGAGGCAGCCUUGGAGUUGGACACAGUGAAAGGCCGGCGAGCAGGACUUGAGCUGCAGGCAUGA